AUGGAAGUUGAUUUGACUGGUAUACAAGUGAGAGGAUUAGCCAACUUGGAAACCGGGCUCAAACCAACAUUUGCAACAUACAAACAUGCCUGCACUGAACAGUUCCAACCAUGGAUAGAGUCUUUAAGAACAACUUUAGCAGUAAAGAUAGUGUGUAUCGGUGUAAUUGCAGGAAUAAGUGUAGACCAGAGAGAUUUGAAACAUUAUAACGACAAAAACAUUAAAUCAGACAACAAUCAUGUACCUAACAUAAAGAUUGAGAUUUCGUCAAAUGAAGCUUUUCAUUCAACAAAUGAUAACUCGUCGUUGUCAGAAUCUGAUAUACACGUUUUUGGUAAACCUAAUAAUAUUGAACAAAACAGUUUCAUUAGUGCUUCUCAACAUGGAGAUUUAUCAAUAUUUAACAGUCUUAUUGAGAAAGGGACUGACAUCAACGUUACUAACAAGAAUGGAUACACACCGAUUAGCUGGGCCUGUGUCAGUGGUAACAUUGAUAUAGUAAACUUACUAAUAGAUAAAGGUUGUGAUAUACAUAAAACUGACAAUGAUGGUAUGACACCUCUAAUGACUGCUUGUGAUGAAGAAUGUCUACCGAUAGUAGCCCGUCUUAUUGAAAGAGGUGCUGACAUUAACACUACAGACAAGGAUGGAAACACGCCAUUGGCAUUGUCCUGUGAUAAUGGUAACAUUGAUAUAGUAAACUUACUGAUAGAUAAAGGUUGUGAUAUAAAUAAACCUGGCAAUGCUGGAGUGACACCUCUAAUGAAAGCUUGUCGUUAUGGACAUCUGCCGAUAAUAGUCCGUCUUGUUGAGAGAGGUGCUGACAUUAACACUACAGACAAGGAUGGAGACACACCAUUGUCAUUGUUCUGUAUGAAUGGUUACAUUGAAAUAGUAAAUUUACUGUUAGAUAAAGGUUGUGAUAUACAUAAACCUGACAAUGAUGGAGUGACACCUCUAAUGAAAGCUUGUCGUUGUGAACAUCUGCCGAUAAUAGUCCGUCUUAUUGAUAGAGGUGCUGACAUUAACACUACAGACAAGGAUGGAGACACACCAUUGUCAUUGUUCUGUAUGAAUGGUUACAUUGAUAUAGUAAACUUACUGAUAGAUAAAGGUUGUGAUAUACAUAAACCUGACAAUGAUGGAGUGACACCUCUGAUGAAAGCGUGUCGUUGUGAACAUCUGCCGAUAAUAGUCCGUAUUAUUGAUAGAGGUGCUGACAUUAACACUACAGACAAGGAUGGAGACACACCAUUGUCAUUGUUCUGUAUGAAUGGUAACAUUGAUAUAGUUAACUUACUGAUAGAUAAAGGUUGUGAUAUACAUAAACCUGACAAUGAUGGAGUGACACCUCUAAUGAAAGCUUGUCGUUGUGAACAUCUGCCGAUAAUAGUCCGUCUUAUUGAGAGAGGUGCUGACAUUAACACUACAGACAAGGAUGGAGACACACCAUUGUCAUUGUUCUGUAUGAAUGGUAACAUUGAUAUAGUAAACUUACUGAUAGAUAAAGAUUGUGAUAAACAUAAACCUGACAAUGAUGGAGUGACACCUCUAAUGAAAGCUUGUCGUUGUGGACAUCUGCCGAUAAUAGUCCGUCUUAUUGAAAGAGGUGCUGACAUAAACACUACAGACAAGGAUGGAGACACACCAUUGUCAUUGUAUUGUAUGAAUGGUUACAUUUAUAUAGUAGACUUACUAAUAGAUAAAGGUUGUAAUAUAAUUAAACCUGACAAUGAUGGAAUGACACCUCUUAUGAAAGCUUGUCGUUAUGGACAUCUGCCGAUAAUGGUCCGUCUUAUUGAGAGAGGUGCUGACAUUAACACUACCGACAUUGAUGGAAACACGUCAGUUUUAUUGUCCUGUUAUAAUGGUAACAUUGAUAUGGUAAACUUACUGAUAGAUAAAGGUUGUGAAAUAGAUAAACCUGAGAAGGAUGGAAUGACGCCUCUAAUGAAUGCUUGUUAUCGCGGACAUCUACCGAUAGUAUCUCGUCUUAUUGAGAGAGGUGCUGCCAUUAACAUUGCCGACAAUCAUGGAGACACGCCAUUGUUAUGGUCCAGUUAUGAUUGUAACAUUGAUAUAGUAAACUUACUGAUAGAUAAAGGUUGUGAAAUAGAUAAACCUGACAAUGAUGGAAAGACACCUGUAAUGAAUGCUUGUUAUCGCGGACAUCUACCGGUAGUAUCUCGCCUUAUUGAGGAGGGUGCUGACAUUAACAUUACUGACAAGAACGGAAAUACGCCAUUUUCAUUAGCCUCUAACAAUGGCAAAAUUGAUAUAGUAAACCUACUGAUAGAUAAAGGUUAUGAUAUGAAUAAAGCUGACAAUGUUGGAAAACCAGCUCUUGAGAAAGGUUCUGAUAACAAAGAUAUGGUAAGAGAUGAAGGAAGUGAUAUACCACCACAAGAACAGAAUGUGGCAGGUAUGUGUCCAACAUUACUUUUAUUGUGA